AUGCUACAUCUUGAUAUAGAAGUAUAGACAAUCCAAUUUUUUAUUGGCUCCCCAUUUGAUUCAUGUUCUAUUAAAUUAAGUGAUGGUAUUUAUAACAUCCAUUCUUAGCCUUCUCAACUUCAAUUUUGUAGUCAUAGCUAAAAUGUAAAUGUAAAGAUAUUUAAGAAAUUUGGGAAAAAAUUGAAUUAAAUGUUUAAUAUGUUUAGAAAAGCAAUGUAUUGUAUAAUUGCAUAUUAAUGUAGUUAAAAUUCUACUUUUAUGAUGGGCAGACAAUUUAUGGAGAAGCAACAAUUAAUUUAGAAUUUUACAUUGGGAACAAUCUUCCUUUAAUAAUUGAUAAUAUUACUAUAUAGAAUAAAUUUGAUUAAGAAGCUUAAGUUAAAAUUAGUUUAGCAUGGAAUUAGAUAGAUUAAACUUAAUCUAAAUAAAUUCGUUAAACAAGUCCUUUAAGAGAUUAAACUAUACCUAUUCCAUAGAAAAAUAUUGCUCAAUAAAAAAAACCAGCUGAUGAACUUCAUUUUGAAAAGCGAACUGUUCAUGCUACCUAUACUUAAUGGAAAGAUCAUUAAGAAAUGGUUAAGGAAUAAUAUAUUAAGAAAUUGAAAGAACCCAUCAAAAAAGGACAAAUGGAGGAUGAAAAAUUUGAAGAAAUUCGUAAACCUGAAGCUCGUGUUAUGAGUCCUCGAAGAUUUUAAACUCCAAAAGAUUUUAAAACACAUAAUAAAUAUUAAGAUUAAAAAUUAUCAGGGUAAUUUGACAAUCUAAAAAUUUAAAAGAAUAAUCAAUAAGAUUUUAAAUAAAUAAAUAAGGAAUUACAAAAUAAUUAGAAUAAUAGAGCUCCAUCUAAAAGUCCAAAUCGUUAUGAUUCAAGAGUUAAAACAAGGAAUGAAAUGUUAUUGUCUGCUUCUUCACCAAAUGAAUAAUUAGAAAUUCUCAAAGGAUCAACAAAAUAAUCUAAACCUUUAUCUAAGAAAGGAGAAUUAUAAGAAAAUUUUGGUUCAAAAACAACUUAAUUAAAUCAAUUAGAAGGAGGUAUGACAAUGUCUACCAAAUAACUUGAUGUAGAUUUAGAUAAUAAUUAAUCCAAACAAUAACUAAAUUAGUUAUAAUCUGAAAAUGCUUAAUUAAAGAAUUAAAUUUCAAAAUUAACUACUGAAAAUUAAUGUUUAAAAGAUUAAUAAAUUAAGGGGGAAGCUGCUUUUAAUUUAUUAUCAGAAACUUAUAGUAAUCUAAGAAAUGAAUAUCAAAGAAUCUAGGUGAAAAGCUUUAAUAAUAGUUCAAGCCAUUCUCUAUUAAAUAACAAAGAGACAGAUCACUUAAAAAGAGAAUUAGAUUAAAAGGCAAAAGAAAUCGAAUUCUAUAAAAAAGAGGCUGAAUUAUGGAAAAAAGAUUUAGAUGUCACCAAAAGAGAAAAUGUUUAAAUUAAAAGGGAAGCAGAACAGUAUAAAAAAGAAUUAGAGAAUAUAUAUUUAGAUUUAGAAAAUUAAAGAAGAGAUAUUGAUAACAAAAAUAGAGAAAUAGAUAAUUUAGAAAAAGAGUUAUAUAGAGCAUAAUAAGCUAUAUAGUUAAUUCAAAAUGAUAGUUUUAGAAAUGCUUCAUAAUAAUCUGGAAUAAGUAAUAAUUAAGAAAUAUUGGAAUAAAUAUAAAAUAUUAUGAAAACAAAAUAAAUUGAAGUUGAUAGUAAAAAUGAAGAAAUAAAAUAAAAUAAAAUAAAAAUAGCAUGUUUAGAAAAGGAAUUGUAUGAUAAAGGUAGACAUUCUUAAGAUCAAUUUGAUCAAAUAAAAAAUUUAAAUAUAGAGUUAGAAUAAGAAAAUGAGAAAUUAAAAUAGUAAUUGUUAGAAAAGAAUGCCGAUUUAAAAAUCAAGUAAAUUUUGGAUUAUAGCUAAUAGAACUUAAGAAAUAGAGAGAUUAAUAACAUAAACGAAUAUGAUACUGUAAUAACCUGAUGUUUAGAAUACAGAUUCAAGUAAAGAAUUAAAUGAAUAUGCAACUUAGAUAGCUUUUUUAAAAUAGGAGAAUCAAAAUUUAAGUAAUAGUUUUAUUUAAAUAAAAAUUAGUCUUGCAAAAUAAAAAAGAUUAAGUUAGACUUGAGAGUUUACAAAAUUAAUUUGAAAUAACGAAGGUAACCACAUAAUAUAUAAUAAUUGACAGAAUAUUGUUGUACUAAGUGAAUAGCGCCAACAAUCUCUUGAACAUGAAAUUUUGUAAUUAGAAAAAGCUGUCCUUGGAGGGAAAUAAAAUAUGGCAGAUAUGAUCAAUGCUGUAAUGGAAUGUGGCGGUACUCAGUUAGCUGAGGAAGUAGAGAGAUUCUUGAUUACUAGAAGGAGUAUCAAAACUAGUUGA